AUGAACAAAAUUCGAAUUGCUAUUGAUGGGCCAUCUGCAUCUGGAAAGAGUAGUGCAGCUGAGAGAUUAGCAGAACGACUAGGAUACUUCAGAGUAGAAGGUGGUUCAUUCUAUCGUGCAAUUACUCACCUGAUUCUUGAAAAAUACGGUGAUGAAUACAAUUUGGAAAAUGAUGAUGUCAAACAGUUUGUUGAAGGCACAAAAAUAGAAAUCAGAAACAGGGAACUCUUUUCGAAUGGAAGGAGCCUGAUGAAGUAUCUGAGGACAAGUAGAAUUGAUGAAAAUGUAGGGCUGGUUGCAAAGGUGAAAUACAUCAGAACAAUUGUUCACAAAAUAGAGCGAGAGCUAGUGGAGAGCUGUGACUGUGGUCUGGUGAUGGAUGGACGAGAUAUAGGAACAGUUGUGAUGCCUGAUGCGUUCAUCAAGUUCUUUAUUACUGCCUCGGCAGAAGAACGUGCUUCAAGAAGAACUAUGCAAGACAAGAGUUUGAAUUACAAGGAUGUUUUGGAGAACCUGAAAAAAAGAGACUACGAAGACACUCAUAGGGAGCACGAUCCAUUAAUUCAGGCUGAAGAUGCAAUUCUGAUCAACAAUGAGCAUCUGAAUCUAGAGCAGACUGUUCAACUAAUGAACAACAUGUUCACGGAUAAAAUGACCAGUUCAUAUGAAUUACCAUAA